AAGUGACGCGUUGGGUAAAGAUGGCCAGGCUAGUUUGCUAAAAUGGGAAACUUGCUGCGUUCGUGUGUUUAAAGCCGGAACGGCUCAGUGUUAGUUUAAGUUAGAUACCGGGUUCUGUAUAAAUCAGGCAGUAUGAGAAGAAUGCGGCCUACAAAAUGUCAAAAAGUGUUUGGGCUCUCAGUGUUGCGUAACGGGACGGUAGCGUUGUAGCUAAGCUAAGCUAAGCUAAGCUAGCGGUCGCCGGUAGGUCGCUGUCGCCGCUCUUAAAAGUCCCUCAUUUAUUGGUGUGGAAAUAACAGCCGCUUGUAAAGAUGUGGAACUUAAUGUGUGUAAAAGUGCUCGAACACGGUCAGUCGGCGCUGAGAGGACUCUGCCGGACUUGUGUUAGAGGAAAGUUAGCAGCAUGUGUGGGUCAGAGUCACCCGUCAAUCACGCAGAGGAGCAGGGGUCUCUCACAGCGGCCCCCGUGGAGAGUGCUGUUCUUUGGAAGUGAUGAUUUUGCUGUUGAAUCUUUAAAACUGCUUCAUGCAUCUCGAGGAGAUGGUGCUGUGGUGGAUAUGCUUGAGGUUGUUACACUAUCCAGCAGCGUCCCCGUACGAAAAUAUGCAGAGGAGCACAAACUUCGAGUUCAUGACUGGCCAGAUGUGGACUUCAGUGGUCAGUUUGAUGUAGGAGUGGUGGUGUCGUUUGGCUGCCUCCUGCAAGAGCGAGUUAUCAACAAACUGCCGUAUGGGAUUCUCAAUGUCCACCCUAGCCUUCUGCCACGCUGGCGGGGGCCAGCACCGGUUUUUCACACAGUUCUGCAUGGAGACAAAUUCACUGGAGUGACCAUCAUGCAGAUCAGGCCAAAGAGGUUUGACGUGGGUCCGAUACUCAGUCAGGAGCUUUACCCAGUUCCUGAAAAGAUCACAGCGGAGGAGCUGGGAGCCUCUUUAGCUAUUGUGGGAGCUCAGCUGUUAAUAGACACACUGAGAAACCUUCCAGAAAGAAUAGCAAAUAGAAGAGAGCAGGCCAAAGAGGGCGCAACAUUUGCUCCUAAAAUCAGUUCUUCCUUGAGCUGGCUUAUUUGGGAAGAGCAGACGUGUGAGGAGAUUGGUCGACUGUUUCGCGCCAUAGGUUCUCGGAUUCCUCUGAGAAGUAUUUGGAUGGGCAGAACUAUCAAACUUCUAGACUUUGUUGGUGAAUGCCAGCCAUUCUUAGGCUCACAUUCUGCUGCAGUCCCAGGGUCCAUCCUUUAUCAAAAGGAAUCAAACACACUGCUAGUCCGUUGCAAGGAUGGCUGGGUUGGAUUCAAAGCCGUAAAGCUGAAGAAAAGAUUAUCUGCAGCGGAUUUCUAUAAUGGAUAUCUUCACCAGAGCUUUUUAAAUAAAUCGCCGUCCCAGAAGAGCUGUCAGUUUCAGAGCUACAGAGAGAGAACUCAGCAUUUUCCGAAAGGACAGAGUGCUAAACCCUUAUUACUGAAUACAGGAGUCCAUUAAACUCCAGUUGUGACUGCAGAUGAGAAACUGUAUACAUUUUUUAUAAUACUUUUGCAAAUGUUUGUCUGUUUUAAGACAGUGAAAUAUGCUGCUUUAGUAUUGUACAGUACUGAUUCAAUGUUGUAAACUUAAAGUCCUGUAUAUAUGCUAAUGAAUGUGGUUAUUUUAAUGAAGCGUUUGCUUGG